AUGGCUUCCCUCUCUGAAACAACCAGGCCACCGUCACAGGGGGCGAGGCCGUGCCCGCCGGAGAACUCGUCGGGAAAUCAAUGGGGAGAGAAAGUGUCUUCAGCGGUGAUGUCCGCUUACAAGUCCCUUCCCAAGAAGGGGAAGCCUCAAGGCCGCGAAGUCACUGUUUUAGCUGCUUUUCUCAUCUCAAACCCUUCCCAGGAUUUGCAAGUGGUAGCUCUGGGGACCGGCACGAAAUGCAUAGGGCGUUCGCGUCGGACCUCCGGCGGCGACGUAGUGAACGAUUCUCAUGCGGAGGUCAUCGCGAGAAGAUCCCUUCUCAGGUACUUUUACACAGAGAUUGAGUGUAUAAUGAAACGGUAUUCAACGAGUAGACAUACUAAUGGAAGUUUGGUGGACAUGAAUAGCUGCAUUUUCCAUUUGAGCUCGGAUAAACCAGGCCAAUGGAAAUUCAAGUUGUUACCUGGAUUGCAGUUGCAUUUGUACGUAUCGCAAUUGCCGUGCGGAGAUUCAUCACUAAGUUCUCAGCUUUUCACACCUUUAACCACUGGUUCGCCCGAAAAUUGGAAUUCAGAACAUGUUUAUUUGGAACAUUCUGCAGCCCCAAACGGUAAUGGAACAGUUCACAGGAAGCCCGGCCGAGGAGAUACAACUUUGUCUGUAAGUUGCUCUGAUAAAAUUGCUCGUUGGAAUGCUGUUGGAGUUCAAGGGUCUCUACUUUCUUUCUUUCUGGAGCCAGUAUAUACCUCCUCUAUAACUGUGGGUCAGUCGCAUUCCAAUCCUGCAAAUGUUGUGAUCGAUCGACUUAGAAGAUCUCUACAUGAGCGGAUUGUAACUUUGUCUGACAAACUGACAGAACCCUUUCAUGUGAAUAAGCCAUUACUUUGGGCAGCUCCAGUGCCACCUGAGGAAUUUCAGCAUUCAGAAACCGCUCUUGAAACCUUAACUUGCGGGUAUUCAAUAUGCUGGAAUAGACACGGAUUGCACGAGGUUGUGCUUGGAACAACUGGUAGAAAGCAAGGAACCUCUGCAAAAGGUGCAUUGUCUCCAUCUACAGAGUCAUCUCUAUGCAAGAAGCGCUUGUUGGAAUCUUUUAUGUCGCUCGAGAAAAAUUGUCCAAUGGAAUGCUGCGUCAAUGAGAUCACAUACUAUGAACUUAAGGGAAGGGUCGAGGGGUACUCUAUGGCUUCAAAGGCCUUUAAGGGAAGCCCACAUUUUAGAAACUGGCUUUUGAAGCCUCAAAACAACGAGUCCUUUUCUUACAAGAUACAUUAG